CAUUUUCAGAUUUUCUUCUCUGUAUUCAAAUUUUCUUUCUCACUCAAUUUUCUUUAUUCAGAUGCUAUUACUUACUGAGAGAGUUGUGAAAUGAAAACCUUUAGAGGAUUAAGUGAAAUUAAAGUUGAGAGAUAAUCAAUUUCAUUUGUCUUGGCUUUCUCUUCUUCUUCUAUCUUUCCUCAAGAUUUGGAUUUGCCCCCCAGAUGAUAGCAGUCUUUUGUUUAUCAUUUUUUACCAUUUUACAAGUGUGAUAUCUUUGAGCAGUCUUUUGAAGUUUAGCCAAUCACCUUCAUUAUCUGGAUUACAGAGACUCCGGAAGGUGAACCAUCGGCCCGGAAAUUUUAGAUCUGGUCGGAGCCGGCCCAGAGGGUUUUGUGUUCUUAAUCCUUUUCGCUACUUCUGAGUCGAAAACCCUAACCCUAUUUCACCGUACGUCUAAAAUGGCCAUUUCGUGUCAUCAAUCUCCUUUCAAGCUCAUUCCCCCAUCUCCUUCCAUAAACCUCUCUAAACCCUACCCUUCGCUGUCUCUGCCCGGAUCCUUCCGGUGCAAUCUCUCCGUACCUUCUAUUACCCCACUACUUGCCGAACCCGAACCCGUUUUCGCCUCCGUCAAGUCCUUUGCGCCCGCAACCGUCGCUAACCUUGGCCCUGGCUUCGACUUCCUCGGCUGCGCUGUCGACGGCGUCGGCGACUUUGUCACGCUGCGGGUCGACCCGGACGUCCGCCCUGGCGAGGUCUCCAUCUCCGACAUCCAUGGAGUCGGCAGCUCGGCCAAGAAACUCAGCAAAAACCCCCUCUACAACUGCGCAGGAAUAGCAGCUAUCGCCGUCAUGAGGAUGCUCAACAUCCGAUCGGUCGGCCUCUCCCUCUCGCUCCAGAAAGGUCUGCCUCUGGGAAGUGGCCUGGGAUCCAGCGCUGCCAGUGCCGCAGCAGCCGCCGUCGCCGUCAACGAGAUUUUUGGCGGUCCUCUUUCGGUGUCAGAUCUCGUCCUCGCCGGGCUCGAAUCGGAGUCGAAGGUCUCAGGUUACCAUGCCGAUAACGUGGCGCCGGCGAUCAUGGGAGGGUUCGUCCUGAUACGGAGUUAUGAUCCUCUGGAUUUGAUUCAUUUGAAGUUCCCAAACGAUAGAGAUCUGUUCUUCGUUCUGGUGAGUCCGGAAUUCGAAGCUCCGACUAAGAAAAUGCGAGCGGCAUUACCAAAGGAUAUCACAAUGUCGCAUCAUGUGUGGAACUGCAGCCAGGCUGGGGCGUUAGUGGCCUCAGUGCUGCAGGGGGAUUUGGAAGGGAUGGGAAUGGCGUUGUCCUCCGAUAAGAUCGUGGAGCCGAGGCGAGCGCCUCUGAUUCCCGGGAUGGAGGCGGUGAAGAAGGCGGCCAUUGAGGCCGGGGCGUUUGGGUGCACCAUUAGCGGGGCGGGGCCAACGGCUGUUGCCUUGACCGAUGAUGAGAACAGGGGAAUGCAGAUUGGGGAGCGAAUGGUUGAAGCUUUUGGGAAGGACGGGAAUUUGAAGGCCUCUGCCAUGGUUAAGAGGCUUGACAGGGUCGGUGCGAGGCUUGUAUCUAGCAUUCGGAGAUAGAUGGAAGAUGAUUUAAAGGAUUAGCUUCACUGUGGUGAAAGCAGUGGCGCCAAGGGAAAGAAUAUCAUCGAGAUGUAGCGGCUAUGUUUAGUUUUCGUAGGUUUUGUCCAUGAUUACGAUGUUCAGAGGUUAUGUAAUAUUUUGAUAUUUUCAUGUGAAACAUCGAUUUGAUUAUUGUAAAAGGAAUUGUCGGUUAAAUAUUAUUGAGGUUUCGAUCUUGCUUCCGCUGA